GCGGUUACGACGUUAUAAAUACCAGUUACACAGAUCGACCCGCGAGUGUGUGAGUGGACACCACAGAGCUUGGCGGGAAAACUGACAGUUGAGUUUAUAUUGCAGAGUCCACCAUGUUUGUUUUGAAGAGUGUUGUGAUCGCUGCAGUGUGGGUCUGUGUGAGCUCACAGCAGCCGACCACCACACCAGUUCCGAUUCUCAAGCAGAUCAACAAACAGAACGACGACGGCUCCUACAGCUACGGCUAUGAAGCCGCCGACGGCUCUUUCAAAAUAGAGACCAAGUACCCGAACGGUGACGUGGCCGGGAAAUACGGCUACGUGGACGACACCGGGAAUCUCAGGGAGAUAUCCUACGGAGCCAGCAGCGCGAGGGGAUUUGAGCCUGAAGGUUCAGGAAUCCAGGUCCCUCCACCAACCCUGAACGAACAGCCUUCCAACGCGCUGGCAGAUGGUCAACAAGACGACGGGCAGUAUAGAGAGGACCCGAAGAUAUACGAAGACCCAAAAUACAACAGCCGAGCUCAGCCCCGACCAGCUUUCAGACAAUUCCAGAAAGCAGUUCCACAGGAACCUCAAUACCAACAAACUGUACAGCCUCGCCAACAACAACGCCAACAAACAUACACACAACCACAGGUUUACGACUCACAACCAGAAUUACAAUCAUUCCAAUCACAAAACUUCCAAUCACAACCACAAACAAGCUACCAAUUCCAAUCACCUCGUUCAAACUUAUUCUCACAACAAAACAGCGGUUUCAGCCAAUCUCCUCAACAGUUCCCACAGAGCCAAGUUUAUCACCAACAGCCACAGUUUUCGUACCAGGGGUACACACAACAACCUCAACAAAACUAUCAACAACAAAGCUAUCAACAGCAGAACUACCAAAACCAAAAUUUCAACCCCUUCUCUGGACAUCCCGCGCAAAACUUUGACCCCAGCACCGGAUCAUAUUCAAUCAAUUUCACUGGUUAAUUUAUAGAUUUAUUUUUGUAAGUACGUUCCAAAGCAAAUCAAAUGGUUAACAUACAAGUAGUUCAAGUAAGAAUAAAGUUAUUCACUUCAUAGUGAGUGAUGGCAUUUGUUUUGUUUCCAUUAUGAAGUGUUAAGACUAUGCUACAGUUGGUAGUAAUUUUUAUACUUUUUUUAUUAUUAGUACUAGUCAAAAAGGACGAAAGCUUAUUGUAAUUAUCGGAAUAAGAAGCUUUAAGUUAUUUUGUUUAUCAAUAUGGCUAUAUUUAUGUUUUCUUUUAUUAUUAUAAAUGAAAUAAAUGUGGAAGUACUCCCUAAAUUAUGCUAAACUACAGUUUUACAGUGAAUUUCAAAUGUUGUCAAUUGUCAAAACAGCAAAUUCGAUCUAAAUAAUAUGUAACUGAUCUAUGAUAUUAAAAUAUAAAUACAUUAAUUCGUUUUUUGAUAUACAAAUAUA